AUGUUCAAGAGAAUAAUGAAGGGAGGGCAGAAGAAGCCCUCCAAAUCGGACUCUAACGAUGGAUACGGUCCUCCGGCAAACGACGUCACUCAAUCGGCGGCUGUUGUCGUUCCUCCGCCGUCUGGAAAAAUCGAACCGCUUCCGUUGUUCCGUGAUGUACCGGUUUCUGAGAGACAGAAUUUGUUUAUCCGGAAGCUUCAGAUUUGUUGCCACACGUUGGAUUUCACCGACACGAUGAAAUCAGUUCGGGAGAAGGAAAUUAAGAGACAGACUUUGAUGGAAUUGGUUGAAUUCAUUCAAUCUAGUUCGAGUAAGAUAACGGAGAUUUGUCAAGAAGAGAUGAUUAAAAUGGUGUCGGUGAAUAUUUUCCGGUGUCUCCCGCCGGCAUUUCACGAGAACACGGGACAGGAUGCUACAGAUCCGGAAGAGGAGGAACCUUGCUUGGAACCGGCUUGGCCUCAUUUGCAGCUUGUUUAUGAGCUUCUCCUUAGAUAUGUGGUUUCGUCUGAUACUGAUACUAAGGUAGCUAAACGUUACAUUGAUCAUUCAUUUGUGCUUAAAUUGCUUGAUUUGUUUGAUUCUGAGGAUCCUAGAGAACGUGAGUAUGUGAAAACUAUCUUGCAUCGUGUGUAUGGGAAAUUUAUGGUUCAUAGACCCUAUAUUAGGAAGGCUAUUAACAACAUAUUUUAUCGGUUUAUAUAUGAGACUGAGAGACAUAGUGGGAUUAUGGAGCUUCUUGAGAUUCUUGGGAGCAUUAUUAAUGGGUUUGCUUUGCCCAUGAAGGAGGAGCAUAAAUUAUUUCUUGUGAGGGCAUUGUUGCCUUUGCAUAAACCUAAACCCGUAUCUGUGUACCAUCAGCAGUUGUCGUACUGCAUUUCUCAGUUUGUCGAGAAGGAUUUUAAGUUAGCGGAUACUGUUAUUAGGGGUUUGUUGAAGUACUGGCCCGUCACCAAUUGCCAGAAGGAAGUUCUGUUUCUCGGGGAACUGGAGGAGGUGCUGGAGGCUACGCAAGCCGCAGAGUUUCAGCGCUGCAUGGUUCUUCUUUUUAGACAGAUUGCUCGCUGUCUCAAUAGUCCACAUUUUCAGGUUGCAGAACGAGCCCUCUUUCUGUGGAAUAAUGAGCACAUUGUCGGUUUAAUAGCCCAAAACAGGACUGUAAUACUACCCAUUAUAUUCGAAGCAUUGGAGAAAAAUGUCCAGAGUCAUUGGAACCAGGCCGUUAACGGGUUGACGGUGAAUGUUAGAAAAAUGUUCCUCGAAAUGGAUGCUGAUUUGUUUGAAGAGUGCCAGAGGCAGUAUUUGGAGAAAGAGGCUAAAGCCAAAGAGGUGGAAGAGCUGCGGGAAUUGAAUUGGAAGAGACUGGCAGAUGCCGCUGCACUAAAUGGGCCGGAUAUGGUCACAGCUUAG